GAGAUGAUUUAGUCUGGUCACUAAUGCCAAUUACCUGAAAAUUGAACCCCGUAUUUGUGCCUUAAUCCUCUCUUUACAAGUGCCACAAAAUUCUUGUAUCUUUGUUGAGAAUGGCACUGCCUGAUUUCAAUGCUCUCAGAGACUUGCACAAUUGUGCCAAUGACCUCCUCCAUUCACCAGAAAUCCAACAAGCUCUUGUCAGCCAGAAACAAGAAAAAUGGCUUCACGAAGUCUCAGAGGCAUCUCUAAGAAUGUUGGACGUGUGUGGUGUAUCUAAAGAUGUUCUUUUGCUUGUCAGAGAACAUCUUCUAGACUUACAAUUCACAUUACGUAGAAAAAGGGUUUGCAAGCAAGAUAUUAGCACCGAAAUUGCAGCCUAUAAUCUCUACAGAAAGAAGCUAAAGAAAGGGACAUUGAAAUGCCUGAAAUCACUGAAGGGAAUGACAGGCAAAUCUGUAACAUCAGAUGCCUCGCAUGUAGACCACAGCAUUGCUGUGGUUGUUGAAGUACUAAGAGAAGUAAGUGUGACUGCCAUCACCAUUGUUGAAUCUUUAUUAUCUCUCGUUUCAAUUCCAUGGCUGGAGCAGGGAUCAAGUAAAGGGUCCUUUAUAAGGUCCACGUUUUUGCGAUCAACUGGCCAGAGACUGUAUGAUUUUUUUGAUGAAACUGCACUUCAUAGUGCAAAUAAAAGAUUGGAGGCAGUUGAGAUUGCUGUUGAAGAUCUUGAAGUUGAAUUAGAGUGCAUGUUCAGACGUUUGAUCCAGACUAGGGUUUUGCUUCUUAACAUACUUACUAACUAGGAAGGAUAGCCUAUCCUUAACUCCCUUCGGCAACCUUGUUGAAUCUGUAAACCCUGUGUUCAAGGGAUUUCAGGUUGCUUUGCCAUGGUGAUCACCACUAAUUAAUUACUUGUUGGAGGAAAAUUA